AUGGGAAACAACACACGGGUGACAGAAUUCAUUCUCAGUGGGAUGACUGAUGAUCCACAGUUGCAGCUGAUCCUCUUUGUGAUAUUUUUUGCUGUUUAUGCCAUCACCCUGGUGGGGAAUGUGGGCAUGAUUGUCUUAAUCAGGAUCAAUCCUCAACUCCACACACCAAUGUACUUUUUCCUCACCAACUUAUCCUUCUUGGAUAUCUGCUAUUCAUCAUCUGUCACCCCAAAGUUCCUAUGCCACCUUUUAAAAGAGAAAAAAGUUAUUUCAUUUACAGGUUGUUUUACUCAACUUUACUUUUAUGGUCUAUUUAGCACCACAGAGUGUUAUCUCCUAGCUAUGAUGGCCUAUGACCGCUAUGUGGCCAUCUGUCACCCUCUACUUUACUUGGUCACCAUGUCCCAAAGAAAAUGUGUUCAGCUAGUAGUAGUUUCCUACACUGUUGGGAUUCUACAUGCCUUAGUGCAUAUAAUUCCUGCAUCUCAGUUGUACUAUUGUGGACCAAAUAUCAUUAACAAUUUCUUCUGUGAAGGUCCUGCCAUAUUACAACUUGCCUGUUCAGAUAUCAGUUUCAAUUAUCUGUUGAUAUUCAUAUUUAUUGGCUUCAUUUUAAUAACAACAAGUUUGAUUGUUCUCACAUCUUACACUUAUAUCCUGAUCACCAUUUUAAAAAUCUACUCUGCCAAGAGUCGUGAGAAAGUCUUCUCGACAUGUACAUCUCAUCUCAUGGUCAUCACUAUUUUCUAUGGAGGUGCCAGCUUUGUGUAUGCACAACCAGGAUCUAGCCAGUCUCACCACCUAAACCAAAUAGCUUCUGUGUUGUAUGUAGCACUGAUCCCCAUGGUCAAUCCCUUGAUCUACAGCCUGAGGAACCGGGAGGUAAGGAUUGCCUUCAAAAAAAUUCUGGAAAAAAUAGUUGCAUUCCUUUUUAUACCAAAAACUGAAUACCCUUAG